CAUAUCAACCCAUCUUUUCUCAUCAUCUUUCUCGUCGUCUUUCUCAUCGUCUUUCUCAUCAUCGCAAUAAUGAAUUCAUCUUACGACACGUUGAUAGAGGAGGCAGAUGGGGGGUUACCAUCUGGUGGCCAACCGACGUCGCAGCUAUCCCCAUCAUUCCAGCCUCUCUACUCGGCUCAGGCUCCUGUCCUAAAGAACUUCAAUAACAACAAUCCACACAAUCAGUUUACUCAUCCCGUAAUCGGAAUUCCUAUUUGCGCAUACCCCGAAAAUAUCACGUCCUUGCAAAUGGAAGGAUCAGAUACGAUGAUGCCAGUGUCGGGCCUGCACCAGUCGAUGCAGGCAAUGUUUGGGCCUCUAGUCGAGUCACAGCCUUCUCUUUCUUUAGAUCAAACUCGCUUGAUUGAUGUCAAUGACCAAGACUUGACUUGCGAUCAAAAUUCCGGCAGUGAUCUGAACUUUCAGAUGGGAUUGUCUAAUCCUUUAAUGCAGAUUGUGGAGCUUCCACAGCCACCGCAAGCAUGGUCCGGGCCUUCAGCCCAUCUUUUUGGGCAAUUAAAUACAUCGCACCUGGAUCAAUCAACAUUCGGCCUUUUGACCUUACCUCAGAAUGCCUUAGGUCUUGGUGCAACACCGUCUUCUCUUGUGACUCCGCACCAACUAGAGGCAGAAAGCCAUGCACAACAGUCUUUCGGAGCAGCUCAGCCUGCACCACGCAAGCGGGCGCCAAAAGCUUCAACUAUGUCUGCAGAAAAGUGGGAGCCGGCCGAGUCCCGGAUUCGACAGCUCUUUCUGGACGAGGAACGCAGUUACAAGGAAGUCAUGGACAUCGUCAACCAAGAGUUUGGGUUCACUGCUACAGAGCGCCAAUAUAAAGCAAAAGUUCUGCAAAUGAAGCUCAAGAGAAAUGUGGAGGCGAGUAAACGAAGAGUGAUCGUGCGACAUAUUCAGCAUCGAAAGCAAAGCUCAGGAAAAGUAACAAAGCUCGUCAGAGUUCAGGGCCAUAGGAAAUCAGAAGCCAUUAUUCAAAAAUGGAUGAAGGAGUACCCCGAAUUGAAUAGGCCCAUUCAUUGUAUUCCCCCUUCGCCCCUCCCAAGUCAGAUAAGCCUCCGCACAGGGUCUCAUGUGGCAUCGCCCAACCUUUCAAUUUGCAGUUUUUCCAACCGAAAUAUUCGUUCAGCCGAGUCCCCAUGGUUACACGCCGCCGUGGGAACCCCAGUCGAGCGACUCCUGAGCUGCGCCCAAGGAUCCAACACCAUGCUUAAGUCAGAGCAAUGCGGUGCGAUACUCAACGAUUUCCAGCAUAUUUUGAGUUCUGGUAGCGACAUAUCCCAAUGUCCGGAACAUGAUAGUUGGAGUUCGGUUGUCGAGGAAGAUCUUAUUAACAUUCGGAAUCGGAUGAACAUGACUAAUGAGAUUCGAUUGGAAAAUGGAUACAAAGAUUCAAGCCAACUUGAGCCUCGUUCGCAUCGCAAUCUCCUCAGCGGCUCAUCCAAGAUCAUCCGUGGGUUCGGGAGCAGGAGAACGCCUUACGGGAGAGUAACCGCAGUUUUCUGGCAAAACAAGUCUUCUUUACAGGACGAUUCUGUUAAAGAGAACCAAUCAACACAAAGUUCAAUCGCCGCACAAAUUGCAAUACACCCAAAUGGCGAGACUUCUUCCCCGUUUCGAAUUGUUCUUGACUUGGAUACACGUCUCAAUCCAUUAGCAAGAAUCACUUACCAGGCAAUGAUCCCAAACAAUUCCGAGAUUUUCACCAUCAUAGAGCAUGGCGAACUGAAAGAUCUAACAAGAGCUCUGGAAAGUAGGAUGGCUAGCCUGAGCGACCGGGAUGAGAAUGGCAGGUCACUUCUUAAUUACGCCAUCACCUUUUCUCGAGUCAAUAUGCUCAAGUUCUUGCUCGAAACCGGUUUUGACCCUGAUGCGAUUGAACCUAAUUAUUGUGGCGACUUACUACCUCUAUCUCUGGUCAAAGCAAGGGUCACGGCCGAGACCUCAGACGAGUUCGAGCUCGAUGCCAGAUCCGAAUGUUUUAGACUCAUGCUUCAAGCUGACGCAGACAUUCAUGCAACAUGUAAUGAAGAUAUUAGCAUCUUUGAAUAUAUGCUUUGGGGGGAAACUUCAGUGAGCUCUAAUGACUAUCCAAGGGCCUUUUCGGUUCCCACUAACGUUCAAACGACUACUUUGAAAUACGCCAUUCGCCUUGGUGGACCCCUCGUCCAUCCUCGCAUGCUCAUCUCAGAUUCAGAUACUAGACAUGGUGGGGCAAAGUGUUCGCCCUUAAUGAUACUUGCGUCAGAAAGUGGCUAUAGAGCUACUGAUAUACUUCAUAUCUUGGAGAAAGCAAUCAUUCUUCUGAAAUGGGGAGUGGAGAUCUCGUGCCGAGACCUCAACGGUAAUACCGUUUUACACAGAGUUCUAUGUUGUCAUCGCCGGUACACAAUAUGUCAUGGUCUAAGACCCUUCCUUGAACCAGGAGAGCUCUUGAAAAUAUUUAUCGCGGCGGGAGCUGAUAUAUACGCACUGAAUAACGCAGGAAGGUCUGCGUCUAGGACUGCGAGGAACUUUGGUCGAGAGAAGGAGUGGUCGGAAGCACUCCAGUUUUGCGGUUUCGACCCGGAAGAGGUCAUGGCUCAAACCAUGCCGAAGUACAAACCAUACAUGGGGCCGCGUCAUACCCCAACACUUACUUUCGGCGAGUACUGCAGAACUUGGGACGAAGAGAAAUGGGCUGAGAAGAUGAGUUGGGAUCAUGAGGCCGACAGUGGGAAGAACGAGGAUGGGGCUUACGAGCCGGGGCUGAAAGAAUACUAUUGGGAGAAAGGGCAGCGGUGGGGAAGGAGAGAGCGGAAGCAGCGUAAAAUGAUCAUGAAGAGGGAGGCCAAGGCACGGAGCAAAGCCGAAGCGGGCAGCUCCCAUGCUAUCGGAGGUGACUGCUGUUGCAAUGAACACGAUUUCCCCAAAGCUCCCGACAAUAUGGAGGACGAGGACGAGAGCGAAAAUGAAGACUCAACUGACGACUUCACCGAAUAUUCAAGCGACUAUCCACUCGAAACUUGGGGUUACAGCUCGGGUGACGAUUCGGGCGAUGACCUUGCAGGUGGUCAUUAUUACGAGCAGGAAUGCCCUUCUGAGGCUAGAGACGACACGGACCACUCGAUUGCCAUGGAUUCAGCAGAGCACAUAACCUCAGCGAGCACUGCCUCUAAAGUAACGGACUACGGCAGCAUCAACAAUGAUACUCAAUGGCAACCAAUGGAUCCCCCGCUCUAUGCAGAUGAAGCACAGAGCAGAGCUGGUUCCUGGAGAUAUACCACCAUGGAAGGAAGAAGGAAUGAAGACGAGGCCAGUAUGAAUGGGGUAAACUUCUUUCAAAAAGUGGAGGCUCCUUUCGAUGGCGCUUUUCAGACCGAGUUUGAUGCUUUCAUGACAGUUGAUCAGAGCACCUUUCAAUAUGAAAGUUCACAAUACUGAAUGACAUUGUUGUUCGACAUGAUGUAGAAUAUAAAUAAGAAGUGGCUGAGCAAAAAUAUAAUUUCCAGUGGCAAGUAGGGAGACACGCCACUUGAUUGAAGCUAUCAAUGGUCAGGGCCGGGGGUUGUGUGUAUACAGUGUUCUGGCUCAGCAGGGACAUGGCGUAGACAUAGGCCUGGGAUCGAUUCACUCCACACUCGAGUGGGAUGCAGAACCAGUAUAGUUUCUGCAGAACAGGGUGGGAGCAAUACAUUAUGCUCAAACUGUGUUUAAACAGGUAAAUGUGCAUUGAGGUCUGUUUUAUUAUUAGGAAAAAGAUUAAGAUACCACGAUUUCAG